AUGGCAUCUCUAGACACGUUGCCGCCUGAGUUGGUGAUGAUGAUCUGCGAGUUGGUCGCCGAUUGGGACCGGGCCAAGAGAACCCAGCAUCCCGACCUUCCACGCGGGACGCAAUGCUCUCUCUAUCCCCUCGCUGCUCUUUCUGUCGUCUCGCGACAGUUCCAACACUGCAUGGAGCGGAUCUUGUACAAAGUCAUGUACAUCUCGGACCAGGACAUUCCUGAGUUUGCCAACGUGGCUCGCGGAUCCAACGGCUUGCGCUUCGGCUACAUUAAACACCUCCGUCUCACUGUGCUGCUCCCCACAUACACCUGUGAAACAUGUGAACAACACGAAACAUUGGAGACAAUGGAGCAAAAUGACCGCAUUUUUACACGAGGAGUGUACGACUUGCUCCGGGUCUUGGCCACCUUUGAAACUAGUGCCGUUGGCCUUGAAAGCGACACCGACAACAACAAGGACACAGAGCUGGGCCUUACCUUGGAGCUGAGUGCAGCAUCUCCAAGCGACAACCAGCAUCAGUUCAACAUUUACCGGUGUGACCCGAGCUAUCCAUUCCAAACAAAAGAAGAUUUGGACCCGCAAUACUGGGCGCACGCGCUUCAUCGACACCACAAGCUGCCUAUUCUUAAUUACCAUGCACGCGAGGCCGCGAUUACGCUUCCCCCCUUAUCCAACCGGGUUGUGGGCAGGACCAGUCCACUGGGGUUUGAUUUCGACGAGCUGGGCGGGCGCCCAAAGCUGCCAAAGAUUUCCAAUGUGAAAACCCUCAUCACGCGUCGUCAACCGCUCCGGCAGAUCAGUCCGGCGUGUAUAAGCUCCUUGCUCCGGGAGGAACUCAGCAACGUCGUCUGCGUUCGGCUGGAGCCGCACUUUUGCGAUCUGGGCUUUGUUGGCACGGGGGGCACAAAACGAGAGCAAUGGCAGACAUUCGGAAACGACGUCCUCCACAUCCUCCAUGAGUUAAAGGGCCUUCAACUGAAGACGCUCAACACGUUGUCUGUCUUUCUGAGCCAUACACCCCCCGGCGCUCCUGUGCCGGAGUCAGUCAAUAUCGACUUUUCACACACUGCGACGGGAUACAAGUUCGCGCUGGCGUAUACCCCCGACGAUCCAGCAGUCAAAGCCAUGAGCCAAUUCUUCUUCAGGGCCAGCCGCCACUUGGAGCAUGUGUCGGCCGCGUUCGUGGCCGAUGCUUGGCAUUUUUUAAAAACCCGUCUCCCCAAAGACGAUAACGACGGGCCUGGAUCAGAUCCGACUGAAUCAGAUCCGACUGAACCAGGCGGUCCGAGCAGCCCAAGCGCAGGCCCAGGCCAACGGUGCUGGCCUCGUCUCAAGACACUGGCCUUGACAACGCCCCUCCUGUGA